GUAUCGUUUCAGUGAUUUCUACUGACGCUUGGCUUGAGAAUUGCCGAUCUACUUUCUAGGUUCCUGACUCUACUUUGUCACGCUUCGUUCUCCAAGGCCGUUGUUCUCCAGUGCUCUUUUUUUUGGAAGUCCCUGCUUAUCAGACGGCUGACUGCUUUCAGCUAAGCCUCGGCAAUCAUGGUUUGCGUAUUCUGUCUUCUCCCUCUCUUCCUGCUACCUCUAGUCAACAUCCUCCCGCGUUUGUGGGACAAACUACUGGUGCUCGUCUUCCGUCUGAUUGGCCGAGAGUACAAACCCGCGCUUCGAGACGGACCCUCGUGCCCUUACAAACCAGGAGCAAACAAGCCACAACCAGAGGCUGAGCCAGUUCUGGCAAAUGGUGGCGGGAGUUCAGUGAAUGGCUCUGUUGAGUCCAAGAAAGACUCAUAAUGUACGAACGAGACCGAUGCUGGUGGCUUUCUAUUCACGUUCUGUGUAUAAAUGGUGCCAUUCUUUCUCAUAAUGUGAAUAGCUGCUGGUGCUGCUGAGGCAUGGCUGAUAAGUUGAUAAGUUAAUAGCUUGCUCUUGUUUAGUAACUGAACAUCAGUCACACUGGGCUGGGUGGGAUGGGACUCCCUUUGCCGAACUCAGCUGAUGGUCGGCUGUAAUUACAUUAGAGAAGCUUUCACUAUGCCACACUGCUUGGAUACACUCAAUUUGCCU